CACUCGUUUUGUUUAAGGUUAAUUGAACAAGCUCUGUCCUAGUACUUUGCAGGAUAGAAAAAGAAUUGAAGCACUCCGUCGAAGGCAGCAGCGAGAGAUGGAGCAAAUGGCCAAGUACGAAGCUCAAAGACAGCAAAUGGCCGAUGAGAACCAAGCACGGGUUGAGGCGGAAAGGAGGACUGCGGAAAGAAAGAAAGCUGAAAAGUUGAAAAAGGACAAGGAGUGGCAAGAGGAGCUACGGAAGAAAGAGCUUGAGAAGGUCAAGGAGGAAGAAGCGUUGGAAAAGAGGAGCAGGCAGAUGGCUGCGGAGAGAUAUGCUCGUGAACAGCAGCAAAUGCAGAUAGAAGCUGAACGUCAGAAACAACUACAACGUGAAGCAGUGCGGAAAGAGCAAGAGAGACAGCAAAAACAGGAGGAAUUCCGACGGCAGCUUGAAAGGAUACAGGAAGCUCAGCAGGAGGUAUUGAGGAAGAGACAGGAGGACAUGGUGAGGAAAGAUCAGGAAAGGCAGCGGGUGAUGGAGCAACAAAAUAAGGAAAGGCAAGCAGCAAAUGCAGAGGCUCGCCGGCUGGCCGAGGAACGCCACCAGCAAGUCGUCGAAAACUUCGCUCAUCAACUUGCCAAGCGACAGUCGGACUAUGAGCACAAGCAGGAAGAACUGAGGAUAAAGCUCAAGAUGCAAGAGGAGAGGCACAGGCAACUAGAGGCCGAGAAGAGGCGAAAGGAAGAAAUGAAGGAACAGCAGCGACAGGAAGUUAUCAGAGAAGCCCAGAACGAGCGUGAACGGAGAGUUCAGGAACUCCUAGCCAAGGCUCAUGAAGCUGAUAUGAUAUUACAAAACUUCAUCAUGCAAAAGAAACUGGCCAAUGCGCGUAGAGCCGUCGAGCAUCAAAUCGAGUUUGAGGACAAGACAACGAGAGUUGAAAACAUCAAACGUGUCAAGGCUCUCCAGAGGAUGCAAAUCCUCCAGAAAAUCGAGGCGGAGACCGAUAGAGUGCGACGGCUGCUAGAGUCGAGACAGCAUGCUCAGGAACGCCACAGAGCAGCAAAUGUAAAUCUUUCAAUCCACCGCCAGUCCAUGAACCAGCAGCUCGAGCGGCUUUCGGUGAGCAAGAAGUGGAGGGAGUCCUUGAGCGAGGAGGGCCGAGCCGAGCUCGAGAAAGUGGGGAAAAGUGGCCUCCCGUCCAUAGGUGAGUGAUAAGCAGCGUUAUUUUCUUCUCGGAAGCUUGAAACUUUGGAGGGAGAGAAGCCUUCUAUCGAAUUGGUGGGAUGGGAUUUUUAAGCGCAGCAUAGAUUCACGCGAUGGCAAGCGACAAACAAAACCAACGAGCAAGAACACUGAAAAAAAAAUUGUACAUUUACGGGCCUGCUCGUUCAUAGAACUACAGCGAGUUUUGUCAAGGGGAAGUCCCUCUACCGUACAAUGGCUUCUAUUCAAAAUCAAGCAUAUGCGUAUAUUACCUGGGGCA